AUGAUGACUUCUCCCUCGUUUUCCAGAGCCAACGCGCGGAAGCUCGCUAUACUUUCUCCCACAGCUGAGAGAGAAUUUCAAUUCCUUGACUUCCGCCGUAAGGUUCUUGAUGACAGACAACAGCAGCUGAGACGUGUGGUCAACCGUUGGGUCGCUUUUGGAAAAACUUUAGAAACGUUAACAAGAGUCUUAGCAAGACAUGUUUAUGGUUUGGAACUUAAUGAUUUGCCUCUAGAUCGUCUAAGUGAACAGAAAUCUAAAAAACAGCGUGGAGGUAUUAAACCCGACAAGUGUGAAACUACACAACAAGUUGAACAUGAAAGUUUGUCAAAAUCUUCAAUUACUAAUGUAUACGAUAGAGAGAAAAGGAUAGAGUGUAUGAAAACUCGGGAGAAAAUUUCAUAUCGUGAAGCAGAGUUUAGGUUGAAGAUCGAAGAAUUACCCAAUGUAAAUGACUCAUGUAGAACACACGCUGAGGUUGUGGCUGCGCAUGCUCAGCCUGCCCCCACUUCCGAAGAGCGAAUCAUCUUUGACAACAGAGGCUUUAAUUAA